UGAGUCAGUAACCAGACAUAAGCUAAACAAUAACACUUGGUGCUGACUUCCACUCCAAAGCCUCCACUGUGGGCAACUUGAGUCUGCGCUAGAAGCCUCUGAGCUCCAGAAUCUCCGGUGCAUUUACGCAGCUUUUACGCGCUGCACUUUUAAUCAGAUUAGACACCUUUUUAAUUUUUUUUUCUUUUUCUUCUCUAUUGCAGCGGAGCACAGGAGUGGCUGCAGAGCCAAAAGCAGCGAUUCAGAUCAGAUUUCACCUAAACCAGCUGCGAGAGAGACACCAAGAGACAGUGAGAGAGAGAGGGUUUGUCUGAGUCUCUCCCUCCUCCCAAAUCCAGAAAAGCUUACCAAGGAAAAAGGAGGAGUGCCGGAGCUGAGAGAGAAGGAGAGACGGAGAGAGAGAGAGAGAGAGGCGCAGAGGAAUCCGGAGGAAUUCCACUGGAUAUUUUCUCCGCUUUCUUUCAAAACCACCGCCUCAGUGUCAAUCUAAUAAACAGAAACCAAAAGAAAGUUGGAGACGAGGCAGCAGGGAGCGUGGUCGAGGAUGGACGAACAGCCGAGGUUGAUGCACUCCCACGGGGUAGGCAUGGCCGGACACCCCGGCCUGGCGCAGCAUAUGCAGGAUGGCACGGCGGGGACGGACGGAGAGGGAAGAAAGCAGGACAUCGGAGACAUUUUACAGCAAAUAAUGACUAUCACAGACCAAAGCUUGGACGAAGCACAGGCGAGGAAACAUGCAUUGAACUGCCACAGAAUGAAACCAGCCCUCUUCAACGUCCUGUGUGAAAUAAAGGAGAAAACAGUUCUCAGUAUCCGAGGAGCCCAGGAAGAGGAGCCUCCAGAUCCUCAGCUGAUGCGACUGGACAACAUGCUCCUGGCCGAGGGCGUAGCCGGGCCAGAGAAAGGCGGCGGGUCUGCAGCUGCAGCAGCGGCGGCGGCGGCCACCGGCGCCAUUGGUGCCGACAACUCGGCAGAACACUCCGACUACAGGGCCAAGCUGUCCCAGAUCAGGCAAAUUUACCACACGGAGCUGGAGAAGUAUGAACAGGCGUGCAAUGAGUUCACCACCCAUGUGAUGAACCUGCUGAGGGAGCAGUCUCGAACACGACCCAUCUCGCCCAAGGAGAUCGAGCGCAUGGUCAACAUCAUCCACCGCAAGUUCAGCUCCAUCCAGAUGCAGCUGAAGCAGAGCACCUGUGAGGCUGUCAUGAUCCUGCGCUCACGCUUCCUGGAUGCCAGACGAAAGAGGAGGAACUUCAACAAACAGGCCACAGAGAUCCUGAACGAGUACUUCUACUCCCAUCUCAGUAACCCUUAUCCCAGCGAGGAGGCCAAAGAAGAGCUGGCCAAGAAAUGUAGCAUCACAGUGUCACAGGUAUCAAACUGGUUCGGGAACAAGAGAAUCCGAUACAAGAAAAACAUUGGCAAAUUCCAAGAAGAGGCCAACAUGUACGCAGCCAGGACUGCGGUCAAUGCCACCAGUGUGUCUGCCCACGGCAGCCAGGCGAACUCUCCAUCCACCCCUAACUCGGCAGGUUCUGCUGGCUCUUUUAACAUGUCAAACUCCGGAGACUUGUUCAUGAGUGUGCAGUCCCUUAAUGGGGACUCGUACCAAGGGGGUCAGGUUGGGGCCAACAUACAAUCCCAGGUGGCUGCCCUUCGCCAUGUUAUCAGCCAGACCGGAGGAUACAGUGACAGCCUCGCAGCCAGCCAGAUGUACAGUCCACAGGGCAUCAACACAAAUGGCGGCUGGCAAGAUGCUCCGACUCCUUCAUCAGUGACAUCACCCACAGAAGGACCCGGCAGCGUUCAUUCGGAUACUUCCAACUGAAUAUAUCCAUGUGUACACGUCACCCACACAAAAAGAAACAAAAGAAAAAUAGACUGACCUUGCUAUUCACAGUAUUAAACAAAGAAUUUCACCGGUUCACAGUUUGGAGAGCAACUGUGAGUUCCUACCAGAAAAAAAAAUGAUAAUGUUUCCUCUGCUUAUAAUGUUGGACAUUUGGGAUACAAACAAACAAAAGGUUUCUCAACAAAAAUGAAAACGAUGCUGUAAACAAUGGAGACAUUUGUACAGAUUUCACAGUAUAUUCAGAGGGCUGGGAUUACUUAUCCACUCGUCAUGUUUUCACCCGUUAUGAUGAAAAGUGAUAUGAUAAGAUUAAAGAAAAAUCGAGUCAUUGAUUUUAACUGAAAAACACGUCAUUCUACCUCUCAGCCACUGAAAAAAAAGAGUAGAAAAAAAAAGCCGUCAGCGACCAUUAUUUGUUUUGUAAAAUGAAAUUUUUGUCUUUGCAAGCAAGGGGCACAUCUUCUUACUUAACAUUUUGUUGUCUCUCACAUAUUCUAUGGUACGCCAUUUAGACUUAAAUAUUGCUCAGUUGUUUACAAUGUGUGCUUGAUAAAAAAGUAUGUUCAUCUUCCCCUUCUCUGUCUCCGACCAGUUAAAACCAGAGUUCUGUCAGGAGAUUUUACCUCUAAGGUAACCCUGUGAAGUAUGUUAUCUGUAAAACAAUAAAUAAAUACUUGUCAUCGAAUUCAGACAAUCUUGACAUCAUUCAUUAGGAUGAGGGACACGGACGCUUCAAUCGCUUAGGUUUUGCAUCAUCACGUGGCUGUUUCCAAAUUGCAGCGAUCUCUUCCUUCACCGCUCUAGUAGAAAGGUUAUUGAUAAAAACCAAACUGCUGAUGAAACCAAAACAGUGCUGUCAAGGAAAAGACUGGACUCAUUAUUACAUCAUGUAUCCGUCUGUAAAGAUUCCUCCGUCGUCCACUUCAUUAUCAUUCUCAGAAAUAGGAUCUGGACGGUUUAGAAAGUCUCGAGAAAAUCAGGAUCUGUUGUCUUCUAAAUCAGACACGUGAUACUUUUUGAAACGUUUCCGCAUAUGUGACAUUCACGUAACCGAUGCUUCAAAAUCUCGUCUGUUUAAAGACACAUUUACCAUGUGACAUGUGGGCCAUUCUAAACCUACGUCCAUUUUGUCUGGGCCAAAUAAAGGCCCUUGGUGUUGUGGCCCACAUCUGCAUGCUAUUUGGGGUUUUUUGGCCUUAACAUGUUUUUAGUAAAACACCUAAUUAUACUUUCCAGACAGCCCAGUAAUUCACCAUCCCUGUAUUCUAAGACUUGAAUAUAAUUCCCAAAAUAUUUUAAAAACUCACUUUUCCAACUCGCCAAUUACAAAAUGAGUAAAUGGCGUCUGCUUGAAAAGUAAAGACAAAGGCAGCACAUUUUGGUAUUAUCCAGUCCCCAGAUCAGGUAUUGCCGUGACCUACUUUUUUUGUCACGACCCAGCAUUUGAGAAACGUUGACCUGACUUGCCCCGCUGUCUUAUUCACCUUUGGUGCUACAGUCGGGUGAAUAAUGUCCCGCCAAGAGAAAAACGACAAAAAAUGUCACUCUCUACUUUAAACAAAGUUUGUCAAGGACGUGUGUAACCGGGUUUGUUUUCAGCACGAUGAAUCACAAUCCACUUAAACAGGGAAGUCAUUAUGUUAAUGGAGUUUUACGUGCUUACACAGUGGAUCCUUGCUCCCGAAGGUCCGGAGACGCGUGUAGGUUUAAGACGCUGUUGCUUGCAGUAAAAGCAGCAUCUGGAUCCACCUGAUCUGCAGCUCAGCAAAAGACACUUUGAUGUAAAGAAAACGUUCCCUUUCUGUUUGACCGUGUCCUGUUCUGGGCCUCAUUUAUGCAUAAAUCCAUAUAUUAUUCUGCUGGUUCUGCUUUAGUGACUGAAGAACUGACACCAAAACCCAUGUAGACAUUUGAACUAUUGCUUGUCUCACUGCUACCUGCCUGAUUUUUUUUUUCCAAUCAAUAUCAAACAUUUAUGAAGAUUGUAAAUGUAAACCAUUAAGCACUAAAGAAUGGGACAAGUCAUAAUGUCAAAACAAUGUGUUUUUUGAGCAGUCUAACAUUGUUUAUAGACACUUUUUAUGUUGUGUGGCCUCUUUGUUGUUUGUAUUUUUUAUUGUUAUGCUUAAUGUUGGCUAUUACCUUUUUUGCUUUCUUACUCUCGUGAAAUAGCUCAUGAACUUUCAACAUGUGUUUAUGUGCACCAUUGUGCUUGACUUGCUUUGUUGGAAAGGGUUUUCAACAUAUUAAAAGCGAUAUGUCAUACA